AUGGUCAAUGCUGCAACAGUAAAUGUAGCGUUGAAAGGAGUGGCCACCCAGUCAUCAACAGAAUGGUAUUGCAUAGCUCAAAAUGCCAUUGAUGGGAACAGAGAAUCAGACGGUCAGAAAGGAUCCUGCACCCACACUGCAUAUGACACCAACCCCUGGUGGAGAGUGGACUUACUGGAUGUGUACAGAGUGACAGCUGUCACCAUCACCAACAGAGGAGACUGCUGUUCUGAGAGGCUUAAUGGUGCUGAGAUCCGCAUCGGUAACUCACUGGAGAACAAUGGCAUCAACAACCCCAGAUGUGUUGUCAUAUCCCUCAUCCAAGCAGGAGAGACCAAAACUGUCCAGUGUAAUGAGAUGGAGGGUCGCUACGUUGUUGUGGUCAUCCCUGACAGGAAUGAAUAUCUCACUCUGUGUGAGGUGGAAGUAUAUGGCACUCCUAGAGUUCCAACCGGAGAAUUCCAAUUAAAUGUAGCGUUGAAAGGAGUGGCCACCCAGUCAUCACUGCAUGGGGAUGGCCAGGCUAACAAUGCCAUUGAUGGCAACAGAGAAUCAAACUAUUUCAAACUACACUGCACCCACACUGAAUGGGACACCAACCCCUGGUGGAGAGUGGACCUGCUGGAUGUGUACAGAGUGACAGCUGUCAGCAUCACCAACAGAGGAGACUGCUGUUCUGAGAGGCUGAAUGAUGCUGAGAUCCGCAUCGGUAACUCACUGGAGAACAACGGCAUCAACAACCCCAGAUGUGUUGUCAUCUCCAACAUCCCAGCAGGAGAGACCAACACCUUGCAGUGUAAUGAGAUGCAGGGUCGCUAUGUUGUUGUGGUCAUCCCUGGACAGAACAAGGUUCUCACUCUGUGUGAGGUAGAAGUAUAUGGCACUCCUGCAGGUAACCAUCUUUUCACCUUCUUGAGGAGGAAGGUGAUGGUGGUGAGGGAGAAGCUGUGCUGGUCCGAUGCUCUGUUCUACUGCAGAGAGCACUACUGGGACCUGGUCAGUGUUCGCAACGAGACAGAGCAGAGGGUCCUGGAGAAACUGGUGAAGGAGAGUAACCUCAUCACCCCCCUCACCUCCCAUCUGUGGCUGAGCCUGCGCAGGUACAUCCUGGGAGACACGUGGUACUGGAUGACCGGAGACAGUAUGAACUACACCCACUGGGUGAACGGCGUCCCCCCUGGGAAGGACAUCUCCAACCCCUGUGGAGCGUUGACCAACGGGGCCAACGGAGGGAACUUCCUCUGGGUGGAACGGCUCUGUGAUGACCAUUACAACUUCCUCUGUUACUCAGGCAAGCCCCCCGAUACCCCAUACAUGUACAUCGCCUGA